GUUUGGUCCAGAAGGUCGACCAGCGCCUCCCGGUGGCCAACGAGUACCUGCUGCUGUCAGGCGGAGCCCGAGAGGGGGUCCUGGACCUGAACCCCGAGGAGCUGGGGGAGUACGCCAAAGGGGCCGACUUUGACCUGGACUUCACCCUGCUGGUGCCGGCCCUGAAGCUCCACGACCGGAACCAGCCGGUCACCCUGGACAUGAGGCACUCGCCGCCGUGCCACUCGUGGCUCAGCCUCCGCCUCUGCGACUCCAACGUCCUGUCCCGCUGGAGCGUCUGCUGCCAGGAGGAGAACGGGCUUCCUGCUGAGGAGGAGGAGGACGAGGAGGAGGAGGAGAUGGGUAAAGGCUCUCUGCCCUCGCUGGCCUCUCCUCAGUCUCUGGACGGUUGCUACUUCUCUCCCACCCUGGUGACCGACUGGUUCUGGGGGGUCGUGAGCGAAGCGGUGGAGGAGCUGAGGCGCAGCCCCCAGCGAGGAAUCCCCUCCCCCGAGCGCCUGGAGCGUAACGGACCCCUGACCACCAUCAUCCUGCAGGCCGGGUCCAGUCGGGUUCUGUACGACCUCCUGCCCGUGGUGUCGUUCCGGGGCUGGCCCGCCGUGGCCCAGGGCUGGCUCACCGCCAACCACUUCUGGGACGGUAAGAUCACAGAGGAAGAGGCCAUCUCCGGGUUCUACCUGCUGCCCUGCUGCUCCCCGCUGGGGGGCCGGCCCGACCGGGAGUGGAGGCUGGUGUUCUCCCGGAGCGAGGUGCAGCUGAAGAAGUGCAUCCCCUUCCCCAUGGCUCAGGCCUUCCAAGCAGCCAAGGCCAUCCUGGCCCGGAUCCUGGCCCGACCCCGGACCGGCCUCAGCCUCUACCACCUGCGCACCCUCCUGUUCUGGGCCUGCGACCGGCUGCCCCUCGCCUACCUGUCCUGCCCCGACCCGGACACCCCCGGCCGCCUCCUCCUGGGCCUGCUGGACGACCUGGCCCACUGCAUCCUGGGUAAGAACUGUCCCAACUACUUCCUGCCGCAGUGCAACAUGCUGGAGCAGCUGAGCGACGGCCAGGCCCUGCUGGUGGCCCGUAAGCUGGCCCACGUGCGCUCGGACCCCGGCGAGCACCUGCGCGCCGCCGUGGACCAGGCGCGGCAGGCGGGCCGGCUGAAGAAGGAGCUGACGGCCAACGGUCACGGCUCUCCGGGGCACCAGCCCAGCAACGGCAUCAUCUCACCGUCGGAGGACAAGCUGGCCCAGCGGCUGCAGCAGCUGGUCACCGAGAACCCCGGCAAGUCCAUCUCCGUCUUCCUGAACCCGGACGACGUCAGCCGGCCGCACUUCCGCAUCGACGACAAGUUCUACUGAUUUUUAUCUUUAAAAGCAGAAAAAAACCUUCUGCUCGUCUUAAAACCAAAACAUUUCCCUGUGACGUCACCAGGACGGCCCCUCCUAACGAGCUGGCCUUAACGAGCGUAAACACGCUGCACAGUUUGUUUAUGGUGAGACCAGAACCGUGUCGACGCUUGCCUUCAGGAUUUUUUAACUUGUUCCUCUAAAGACGUCUGCAGAAGCACCCCUCCGUCCCCCCCGGUGCUUUUGUUCCUCAUCAGAGUGGAAAGAAUCAGAAAAACAAGCUGAUGUAACUGAUUGUAACGUUGUUCUCGCUUCUUUUUUCUAACUUCCUCAGGUUUUUUUGAUUCCAGUUUAAAAACUCUCACUUUUCCUGGAACGUAGAAACAAAAGCAGCAAACAGAACCGGAUCCAAACAACAAACCAGACCCACCGUCACAAUAUUAACGUUUUAGUUGUUUUUUUUCUUGUUUGAAAGUCCAUGACGUGGAUUUACCUGAAAAGCAGAUAAAUCAAAGUCGAGCUGCUUCUUUGAUCUUUAAACUUUUAUUGGACAUAAAAGCUUCUAAACAUCCGAGUCGGGAGGUGACGGCGUAUUUUAAAGAAAUAAAUCAAAGUUUUAUUAAAAACUCUAUAAAAAUA